CGCUCCAGCGGGCUUCCCGAGCCUCGGCGCGGCGCCCGAGGCCCGGCAGCCGGUUAUAGCAGAGGCCUCCGCGGCCCGGCACCCAGUCGUCACCAGGUGGUCGGAGUGAGCAGUCGUGGACGUCACGUGUGAGAAUCUGAGGAGCCCGCUGGACAACGGCUCGUGGUUCAAGAUGACGUCAGGCUGUCUGAUGCGUCACCUGCUGUUGGCGGCGGUCGUCGCAUCCGCGGCGUCACUGCCCUUCGGCAACAGCGGCGGUCAGUCAUCGUCACGAAUCACCUUCGUCGAGAACCGCUGGUCACCGGGAACCCAGGGCAGCAGCAGGCGGCCGUCCAGCUCUCCUGGUGGCAGCGUUCAGUUCGGUCAGACGAGCGCCACCAGUAACCAGCACUCGACCGGUAACACUCAGACGAACCAGGGCGAGGCCAGUGCUGUGUCCGUCCAGCAACAGUCUGGUCUCGGCGGAGCCACCCAGACCACCAACAACCAGGCGGUCAUCAACGCCCUGCAGCAGGCUGCUGGCGGCGGCGCCGGCGGUGCCGGUUCGGGAGAGCAGAGCUCCAACAAUCAGGUGAACAUCAACUCGAGCCAGCUGCAGCAGAAUGUUGAGGGUACGCUGGUGAACGUCAACUCCGGAAACAAGGGAGUGGUGAUCGUUAACACCAACGACCCGGAGACGGGUAUCGUCACCGGCCAGAAGGUGGUCAACAACCGUCCGAUCGCGCAGGCUACUGCCGAGAGCAGCACGUGCCUCUACACGUGUCGCCGCAGCACUGGCCAGCUGUACUGUUGCGAUUACGGAAAGAACCGCGGCGGACCCCCGGAGAUCCACGGUGGUCAGUGUCCCCCGGCCCGGCUCAUCUGUCCCAAUGGUGACUUCUUCCGGAGAUGCGCCCACGACGGCCAGUGCGCCAGCAGCGACAAGUGCUGCUACGACGCCUGCGCCAAUCAUCACAUCUGCAAGCCGCCCGUCGUGGCGUGAGGCUCGCAAACAAGACGGCUUUACCAUCAAUAAAUAUUUUUAAAAAACCAGAAAGAAAAGUUGGCUAUUUUUAUUUGAAUGAAAUGCUUUUCCAGUGAAACCACCAACUCAGCAACUCGUGAAUAUUCACAUAAGUUUCCUUAUCAUGCUAACUUCGGAGUUUUUUUUUUUCAUUUCAUGGCAUUCCAAGGUAGGCCAAAAUGUUUCCGUAUAAGGUUCACGUGCGCUCUGGCUCUUGUGUUGAUCGAGGUUCUACCUGUUUGCACAAAGUUUUCUCAUUAGAUGCUCUGUUGUUUGUCGACUGUCUGGAACCGUGAACCGUCUAGAGGCAGUGUGUGUCUGUAGUGUAAAGUGACAGAAAGAUGGCUCGGGAAGCUGCAUAUUACAUACAUGGUCACGUUAAGAGCAUAUAUGUAGAACAACGCCACGCUCAGUGUUUGUGCUUACUGGACUUGGAUAUGGAAUUUUGAAUGUAUGGCUAAUAAAGUGUAUUUAUAAA